UUCUUCAAAAACAACAAUUAAACAUGGCAGCAACAAUCUCUGAUCUAAUAAUAAACAUUCCUGCGGCGAAUGCACUUGUCUACGAUUUCUUCGACCUCGAUUUAGCAAUAACUAUGGCGUUAGAAAGUCCAAACGGACAAUGGAUCAAACAAUUCCAAUCUCCCACCGCCACCUCCGCCGAAGAAACGACACUUUUAGUCUCUCAAAUGCCGACUCUUUCCGCCGAUCAAUUAACCGCCACUAAUUCUCUUUGUACCGUCUGUUUAGAAGGAUUCGAAAUCGCCGACGCCAAGCGAUUCAAUUGCGGCCACGUUUAUCACGCCGAUUGUAUUACCGAAUGGCUUUUAUUGCACGAUUCUUGUCCACUCUGUCGCUGCGAUAUCUCCGGCGGCCACCUCAAGAACAACUAG